CGUAUUUUCCCCUUUAGCUUUCGCAUCCGGGUUAUCAGCUACUGCUUCCGUUUAGGAAAGUCUCAGAUUUUUUAGGACGCUCGGUUACGCUUCCUGUAACCCUGUGUCUAAUUUUUGGUACAUAAUCUUACUCAUUCUGCCGAAAGAGUGGGAUUGAACUUGUGUGUGAGCAGUCAUGAAGCUGGUCAGGUGAGAAUAAAGUUAAUUUAUGUUUGUGACUAUAAGGAUGGCGUUAGAUUGAUCCCCGUAGUUGUAGCUGGCUUGAGAACUGGUUCGUGGCGGGAAAUGUGAUCUGCGAGUUCUAUCGUUUCUUGUUUGUUCUCCUCUUUUGUUUGUUCGAAUGCGCGCGAGUGAGACAAUGAAUACGAGAAAUCGCUGUUGAGAUACUGGAAUAUAAUUAGCCAGUGUCAAGGCUUAUUCACUGACGAGCCAUUUGUAGUAAAUUGAAUACCGGUUUGCACAUUUUGGGUAUAAGCUGUUUCUUUGUAGAAACCUUCCAAAACACACAUUUGCCCUUAACCUGCACGCCAAUGCACUAUUUAUCUAAAUAAAGUAAAAUAACGCCCGUGUCUGGAAAGUACUUUAACGUUAUGUAUGGAGUGAAUGUCUUUCUUUCUUUUUGUUGUUCCUCAAUUUUUCACAAAACAUUGCAGAUUUUAACAAAAAUUGUCACUAUUAUAAUUGAACGCUUUUACCCCUCACCGUCAAUGUCAAUCAUUUGGUCCUGUUCUUGGUUUGUUUAGCUCAGUGGAGCUAAACUCUUGCAGUGGAGCAAUGUGAAGCCUGUAUUUAGAGGGGGGAGCUAGAAGGGACACCUUGCAAAGGCUUUAUAUAAGAGAUCUGCAGCCUUUUAAAGAUGUGCCCCAAUGAGGAGAUGACAUUAAAUGCAUGCAUGUUUUUGUUUAGGAUAUAAAUAGUGACUUUUUUUCUUUGGAUAGUGGAGUGUACCUUUUUAAUUGCUUUGUGGUAAUGCGUGUUUUUUUUAUUUUUAUUUUUUUAGGUUUUUAAUGAAACUGAGCCACGAAACUGUCACAGUGGAGCUAAAAAAUGGAACUCAAGUUCAUGGCACAAUUACAGGUGUGUUCUAUAGCAUACAGUGCUAAUAUAAUGUUACUUAACUAUGGACAGCCUGUUGAAUGUGUUUCUAAUCGUUUGUCAGGAGAUAAAGAUAGAGAUAUAGUUUCUGUAGAUGUACUAAGAAUUUGAACCAUGAGUUUGGGGAAAUUUAUCAAAAUUAUCAUGGCAAACACAUGUUCUGUAUUGUUGCAAAGUGAUGACCAAUAUGUCUCUGUACACCUCUAUUGCUGUUAUAUCAAUAUCAUUGAAAGUGAGAUGAUGACUGCCUUAGUUUGCUUAUGUUAUGCUUUCAAUACAUGCUUUUAAUUUUUGUGCGUCAAUCUGUAUAUUGAUUAAAGUGGAUCUAUCACUCUCUCUAGUAAAACUAAUUGCAGCUUUUAGUGGGGGCGAUUGAAGCAGUGGUGGAAAGUUAAGGAAGCACUCCACACACAUAAAGAACGUCCGCUUGCUGAAGUGCAUUAUGUGUGACAAUAUGCUAAUUUAAAUUCAGUUGGUAAAAGUGCUAAUUUCUUUUUAAAAUCUGCACUUUUACAAAUAAUAUAGAAACACCUACUUGGCUGUCUGAUUCCAUUAGCUCCACAUAGUUAAGUGGCAGCAUUCCUGUUUUUUCCCUCGAUUCACAUUGAGACCACUGUCAACUUAGUCAACUCAUCCAUGCAUGCAUAUACGUAGGAAUGCUUUAAGAGUAGUGAUGUCCCGAACGGUUCGCCGCGGGCUCAUCAUUGAGUAAACUUUGACCCUGUACCUCAGAGUCAGCAGACACAUUCCAGCCAAUCAACAGCAGACCCUCCUAGCCCCUCCCACCUCCUGGACAGCAUCCAUUUUACAUUCAUUGUGAAGCUGCAUUUUUAGUGAGCUGUCCAGGAGGUGGGAUUGUCUGUUGCUGAUUGGCUGGAAUGUGUCUGCUGACUGUGAGGUACAGGGUCAAAGUUUACUCAAUGAUGAGUCCGCGGCGAACCGUUUGGGACAUCACUAUUUAAGAGGGUAUUGACUCUCUAUUAACUUGUGGUGCCCUGCAUGCCCAGGUAACCUAUAGCACUACAGUGUACAGCCCUGCAGGGGCUUAUCAAACUUGUGAGGUGUCCAGCACAUCAUGCAAAGCCUUAACAUGGCAACACAGAAGAUUUCCAAAAUAAUAAUACAAUAACUAACUUUCAAUUUUUAUUUUUUUAUUUUUUUUUAGGCAGGAAUAAACAAGGGCAAAUAUCUGUGUUACAGAUCCAGGAACGUCACAUAAAAUAUUUCCAAUUUUCACCAUACAUAAAAACAGAACUGUUUAAUAUAAAAUCAUAAGAACAGGGCAAAUUAAAGGACCACUCUAGGCACCCAGACCACUUCAGCUUAAUGAAGUGGUCUGGGUGCCAGGUCCUUCUAGGGUUAACCCAUUUUUUUUAUAAACAUAGCAGUUUCAGAGAAACUGCUAUGUUUAUGAAUGGGUUAAGCCUUCCCCUAUUUCCUCUAGUGGCUGUCUCAUUGACAGCCACUAGAGGCGCUUGCGUGCUUCUCACCGUGAUUUUCACAGUGAGAGCACGCCAGCGUCCAUAGGAAAGCAUUAUGAAUGCUUUCCUAUGCGACCGGCUGAAUGCGCGCGCAGCUCUUGCCGCGCGUGCGCAUUCAGCCGACGGGGAGGAUCGGGGGAGGAGAGCUCCCCCGACCAGCGCUGGAAAAAGGUACGUUUUUACCCCUUUCCCCCUUCCAGAGCCGGGCGGGAGGGGGACCCUGAGGGUGGGGCACCCUCAGGGCACUAUAGUGCCAGGAAAACGAGUAUGUUUUCCUGGCACUAUAGUGGUCCUUUAAACUUUUUGUUGGCCAUUUGGUGGGGCAAAAAUCUGACCUGUGACCGUUCACCAUCUUUAAGGGUGAAUAUUUUUUUGAAGUGCUUUAAUAGGAAGAAUUUGAUUUAUUUUUAUUUUUUUGGUCAUUUACCCAUGGACUGUGUAUAUGUUUUAGUGAGCAGAUGAUCUUGAGCAGUAGGUUUAGAGGUUGGUCCUGCCAUCGUUACGCUAUGGAUUGCAGGAUAAAACUUACCAGGUUAAAGGAUCUAACAUGUAUAGCUUGGAGGAAAGACGUGACAAGGGGCAUAUGAUAGAAACAUUUAAAUACAUAAAGGGAAUCAACACAGUAAAGGAGGAGACCACAUUUAAAAGAAGAAAAACUACCACAACAAGAGGACAUAGUCUUAAAUUAAAGGGGCAAAGGUUUAAAAAUAUCAGGAAGUAUUACUUUACUGAGAGGGUAGUGGAUGCAUGUAAUAGCCUUCCAGCUGAAGUGGUAGAGUUUAACACAGUAAAGGAGUUUAAGCAUGCGUGGGAUAUGUAUAAGGCUAAUUAUAAGGCUAAUUAAACGUAUUUCGAAAUAUUGGGCAGACUAGAUGGGCCAAAUGGUUCUUAUCUGCCGUAUGUGUGUCUGUGUUCCAUUGCCAGUCAGCUACUGCAGAAAGGCUGCAGGCAGUCUUUAAACUACAGCUUCCAUGGUGCUUUGUCAAUCUUAAGGCAUGCAAAGCAUCAUGGGAGUUGUAAUUCUACAACAUCUGGGGAUCUACCUCUUGGGCACGCUUGAUGUAAACCCUGUACGUGCUAAUAUUUAUGUGAACCAAACAAUUGCUAGGAGCGUCCAGCAGUACUAAGUGUUUGAUUCAUGAGCUGUUCUUUGCACUGGGAGCUUUCACAACAAUCACUGUUUUUUUUUAUUUAUUUUUUAUUAUUAUAAUAAUUAUUAAAUCUCUUUAUCCUAGGUGUCGACGUUAGCAUGAAUACACAUUUGAAAGCUGUCAAAAUGACUGUCAAGAACAGAGAGCCUGUUCAAUUGGAGACAUUAAGUAUUCGAGGAAAUAAUAUCCGAUACUUCAUUCUGCCAGAUAGUUUGCCUCUUGACACUUUACUUGUUGAUGUUGAGCCAAAAGUAAAGUCAAAGAAAAGAGAAGCUGGUAAGUGAAAAUGUUUGUUUGUGGGUUACAAUGCUUCCUAUUUAUGUGACAUAUGUGCUUGAAAGGACAUUCUAAGUGUGACUGUUCAUAGAGCACCUUGUGCCUACUGUUGGCUCAGCAGAGUAGUUUUUGAAAUGCACCAAUUUAAAUAAAAUACAUUUAAAAAAAAAAAAAAACACUUGCCUUCUUAGAACUUACAAUCAGGCCACCUUCUCUUUUCACUCAGAGAAGAGCACGAAUCAGCUUUAGAUUACUUGUUUCAGUUAACCGCAAACUUAUAGCCACUAUGAUGUAUGGAACUACUUUUUGGGAACAAACUACUUAUCCCAUGGAGCGCUACUGGCCAGAUAUUUAAAGGAUAAGAAAAGACGCCUAUGAGUCUGAUUGAAGUUUAAAGUGUCUGUUAAGAUCUCACAAAACUAACAGUUUAGAAAUGAUCUAAUGAUUUCUAAACUGUUAUUUUUGUGCAGACUUUGAAGCCAUGUGUAUGCACGCGCAUCUAUUUAUUGGCAGUGAGAAACGGGGUCAUUUAUACCCUGUAGUUUCACUUGAAAACUGUUAAGGCUGAAACUAAAACAUGUCAUUCCUGGAUAAAUUUCAUCCAUCCAUGCAGAUAAAUCCUGAAAUACAAAAUUGAGUGUGUAUCUUUUUGGCUUGUUGGAUUAUUCAGUAAACUUGGUAAAACUGAAUUUUCAGAAAUCCUGAGCAAUUGAAGAAAUUUCCCAAUGUAGGUAAUUUACUCUUAAAGCUUAAAUUCACCUGAUAGUAUUCCUCAAAUACAAGUUUAGAGACUAACCCAAUUGUCUUGACAUUCCUGCAGAAGCCCAAGUUACAAGUUUUGUAUUGAAUUCUGUCACAUCCUAGUCAUUGAGGAAUUUAAAGAUUUAUCCACUUUUUCAAUUUACCACCUUAUGCCAUUAGUGUUAAAGGGACACUGUAGGCACCCAGACCACUUUUGCCCAUUGGAGUGGUCUGAGUGCCCUACAUCUCUUCCCUU